UGUGAAGAAGAUUUGGCGCGCUGGUUAGAAUUUGCACAGAUUAAAAGUACGUAAAUUUGCUAAAAUAGUAAGUUAUUUUAAAAAGGAGAAAACAAUGGCAGACAUUGACGAAAUCGACGGUGUAAGUGAUGAAGAAGUGGAAGCUUUAACGGCAGGCGAAGUACUUCAAAAGCUUGAGGAGGCAUGGUUAAAUGAGAAAUUUUCUCCUGAACUCUUGGAGGCAAAAACCGAUUUAGUUGACUGCAUGUUGGAGCAAGUAACAGAAAUGGAGGAAAAUAUCAAAAGAGCAAAAAAGGGGGAUUUCAAAGUUGUUUUGCAUCGGAUGGAGAUAGACAGAAUCAGAUAUGUUCUGAGCAGCUAUCUCAGAUGCAGGCUCAAAAAGAUUGAGAGGUACACGACCCACGUUUUAGAGCAGGAAAGUAACAGAAAAGAAGAAGAUGUCUGCCACCUCUCCCCCGAGGAAUUCACGUUCGCCAAAGAGUAUGGAACCACAAUGAAAACACACAUGAAGAAUUUAGUAUUAAGGCACAUGCCGCCCAAUUUACAAACUAUGGACUCCAAACAAACAACAAUCCGCCCUAACUUGGACAGUUACGUGUUCCUGCGUGUGAAAGAGGACACUGACGGAGUUCUAGUGGAGGAGGAAACGUUAGACACGGGGGAAGAAAUAGUGGACUUGCAGAAGGGAGACCAACACAUAAUGCGGUACAAACCCCUGUCGGGUUUAGUCAUGUCAGGAGCUGUGUCUCUGAUUUAAGAAGACAAUACCCAUCACCCAAGACAUUCUCCUUCUGUACUAGUAAUGGUCAGUGCUGAGAGGUUGUUACCAUGUCGACAGUGCUGGCCAGACAGGUAGCUUGCUGCACAAGAUGCUCUGUGGGUCAGAAUGAUGAUGCUGACACUGCUGUGUUAAUUGUCAGAGAGGAGGGGCACCGUUAUUGUUUAUAGCUUUCUCUGUGUUAAGGGGUCACUCAGUCACUCCUUUAGAUUCCUAUUUUUUUUCUUUUGUCAUAGAUAUUUGAAUGAUGAAAUAUAUAUGUUUUUCUUUAAUAAUAAUGGUAUUUUAAAAAAAAUACCCCAAAUUAUGUAUGAUAUACACGCAUGUACUCUUAUGUCUCUUAUGGGUGAGUGAAUCAUAUAACAAUGUUUUUUUCUGUAAUUAAAAAAAAUGUAUUAAUUUAAAGAGCAAUAACUCCUGCAUUCUUAGUUCAAACUCUCAGCCAGCAAGAAUAAGAAAGAUUAAAGACUUUGAACGUCAUCCAAAAAGAUGAAUUGACAAAGGAGUGCUGAGCUGUGGGGUUUUAAUGCUUGCAUUUGGUCUAGACUCAAACUCUGUCAGGCCUUUAACAGAGAAAAUGUAGGUGAUGUAGGUCAUUUGAAAAAAAUUCAGUCAGUAAUAAAUUUUCUGGUCUAUCUCAGCAUUUAAAUCACUCCAUGGGCAUGCUGAUAUAACAUGUCCAUAAUACCAUAUAACUCGUGUGAAAUACCCAAGUACAUUUAAACUUUUAAUGUAUGUAUUAAAUGUAAUAAUUAUAUUAAUUAAAUUGAUUUCUUAUUGAAAGCCAAAGACUUAAAUCUAGAGAACAACUACAUGUACUUGUUUCUUUUAUGAUUGUAAGUGCAGUGAAGGAUUAUUUUAUUACGUUUAUACAAGUCUGUAGAUAAAAAAAUUCAUUUGAUAAUACACUUUUUACUUAAAUUGGAUUUUAUUAAUGUGGAGCUCCAUGUCUUUAACCUUUAUAUUGACGAAAAAGAUUUCAUUUUUGGAAAUUUAUUCUCAACGACAGCAAAAUGAAAUGAAAUAAAAUUGCAUUGUUG